AUUCUCAAACUCGAUGGUCCCCAGGCAAAGAAAAAGCGCCUGCGCUAUUCAUCGUGCCAGCAUCCAGUCAGCCAGUAGUAGCCUAUACGACAGUCAGUGCGGAUCGUAUCCUCGCCCCUGCCGCUGCAUAACAGGAGAGUGAGCUCGCGGAGAGAGACAGACAGCAGUGCUGAGGAAGCUGUGCGCAAGAGGAGGCGUUUAUAUGCGCUGUAGAGCUUGUGGUGCUGAAACGCGCUCAGUUGCACAGGAGCGCGGAGCCCCGCAGAUCGGGAGAAACGGAGAAUUUUGUUUUCAGUCGCAGGAUUUACUCCGUGCACUUGGAUUGAUGCAUUAAAGCAACUUAAUUUGAACAAAAUCGAGCGAGGAGAUAUUAAUUCAAGACAAGGAGGACGAUCGCAAGAAAGUUCUGAACUUUAAACAGACAGCCAGCAUUGAUGAUCGGACUGUGUUCGGAUGGCAGUAGAGACUUUCAGCUCUCAGACAUGCUGCUGACAUAAUCACUUUUGCUUUUCUUUCACAUUUUUUACCUUAUUCAAUCAAGAGGUGGGCGAGGACCAGCAAAAAAACACCCUUCUACGUUUAGUCCGGUCGGAGCUUUCGUGCGCACUUUCAGUCUGGACAGCAGGACAAGUGUUGAAGACUCCGGAAACAUGUUAGCGUUUUACAUCGCAUUGUGCCUUUUAGGAACAGUGUCUCAAGCAGCCUACUUCUCCCAGCAACCUCAGGACCAAGUAGUGGUUGCUGGCCAAUCAGUAACCUUGCCCUGUGUCAUUGUGGGAUACAGAGGCAUGGUACAAUGGACCAAAGAUGGCUUGGCGCUAGGUGGUGAACGAGAUCUACCUGGUUGGGUACGUUACUCUCUGAUGGGAGACCCACUAUCAGGCGAACACAGCUUGGUGAUCGAUUCAGCUGAGCUAGGCGAUGAUGCGAUCUACGAGUGUCAAGCUACACAGGCAGGGCUGCGAUCACACAGAGCCAAACUGACAGUGCUGGUGCCACCUUCAGAUCCUGUAGUGGAAGGAGGGCCGGUGGUCCGGCUGAAAGCUCACACCCCUCAUAACCUGACAUGCCGGGCAUCCGGAGCUAAACCUGCCGCUGAGAUUACCUGGUACCGAGACGGAGAGAUAAUGCAAAAUGCCAUCUACUCAAAGAGUCUGAUGGAGGAUGGAAAGAGAGAAACAGCUGUUAGUAUGCUGCCCAUGGUGCCUGAGGACAGCGAUUCUGGACGUACCUACACGUGCAGGGUCUUAAACCCUGCUGCCCCAGCAGGUCGCCAAACUUCAGUUACCAUCAAUGUUCAGCAUCCUCCGUCUGUGACUCUGUCUGUUCAGCCUCAGACGGUGAUGGAGGGAGCAAAAGUGUUGUUCAUCUGCUCCGCGUCUGCCAACCCUGAGAUCACAGGUUACAGAUGGUCCAAAGGUGGGAUUCCUAUCUCUGAAGCUAACGGUGACAGCCUGGAGGUGACCGCAGACCACUCUUAUUUCACAGACCCAGUGUCCUGCGAGGUGUCUAACUCAGUGGGAAGUACUAAUGUCAGCACCUUGGUGGAUGUACAAUUUGGUCCGAGAUUGCUCACAGAACCAAAACCGCAGAUAGUGGACAUUGGGAUGGAUGCUGCUUUCACUUGCUCAUGGACUGGCAACCCUCCCCUCACUCUGGCCUGGACCAAACAAGGCUCCAAUGUGGUCCUCAGCAAUAGUAACACUCUGCAGCUGAAGGCAGUUACACAAGAUGACACUGGGACAUACACAUGCAAAGCCAUUGUGCCUCGGAUUGGUGUGGCUGAGAGAGACGUAACUCUAACUGUCAAUGGCCCUCCCAUCAUCACAGCUGAGGCCACACAGCAGGCCAUCAAGCAUUCCAAGGGCAAGCUGGAGUGUCUGGUGGGCAGCAGCCCUCCUCCUGACAAGAUUGUAUGGACAUUUGGGGACAUGAUGUUGUCAUCUGGCUCUUCAGGUCGUUUUUCAGUCCAGACAGUAAACAGUGACCAAGGGGUCCUCUCCUCGCUAAUCCUCUCUGAGACUCUGGCCCAAGAUUUCCAGCUUCGAUACAACUGCACUGCAUGGAACCGCUUUGGAACAGGCACAGCGCUGGUCACUCUUGAAGAGCAAGAAGCCCUCCCCUUGCUGAUCAUCAUUGGAGCAUCGGUGGGCGGAGGCUGUGUGUUCAUCGUUUGUGUCAUUACCCUGGUUUCCAUCUGCUGCCGCCACAAUGCUAAAGGCAAAAAGGGCACACGCCUGUCUAAGAGCGACAUCCGCGUACAAAUCGUGCACAGCGACCACAACGCAGCAAGAGGAAACGACGAUGAGGAGGAUGUCAAGGAACCCAUGGCUCCUAACAGCAGUGAAUCUCCAGGAACGUCUCGCACAGAGCACAGCGACCUGCUGGAGGAGGAGGAUGAUGAGAGAUCAGAUAUCAAGGACCCUACAAACGGUUACUACAAUGUUCGAGCUCAUGAGGACCGGCACAUCACGAGAACUGGCUUCUCUGAGUACGCCAAUAACGCUCGGCCAGUCUACACUCCCACUCAGCUUCCCUCGCCGAGCCCCAUAUACGGACAACACUCCACUCAACCUCGGAUUUAUGACUUCUCCCAGCGUUACGCCACUACCCCUGCCAACCGCACCACCUAUGAGCAACAGCAGCCGCAACAACCCCAGCAACAACCGCAAACUCCCACCGCCUAUCCCCAGGAAACCGUAUAUUCAGGUUCAACCUAUUUGCCUGCCACCUAUGGCCGAGCAUUCACAAGCUACGUUAAACCUGCUUCCUACGAGAAGGUUGACGGAUAUGAGCAUUCAGACCAAGCCAGCAAGGUGUCCAGCUCCUCCCGGUUCUCAUAUGCGUCCUCACAGGUGUCGUCGCAGCAGUCUGACUACGGACGGCCUUCACAACAACGCAUGCAGACUCACGUGUGAUGGCUCCCUUAAAGACCUGCUGAGGGUCUGGCAUGAUCAAGCGUCACAAGGACCAUACUUCUGAAUGUGGUUCAGGAGGGAUUAAGCAAACUUUUUAAACUGAGAUUCAAAAAGGCGCAAAAGCUUUAUUGCGGUCUCGAAGUGAAUGUGGGAUCGGACGGAGAAUUGAUGUGCCACUAGAGCUUGGAAGUUCCCUUCAAGCUAGUGAUUUUACUGAACUUUAGGAGAAACGUCCACCAAUUCAUCUCUGUUGCACUGCAUUUCCGUGAAGUCUCCAGUGUCUAGACUUUGGAGAAGGAAAGUGCCCUCAUGGACUAACCUUUGUAAAUGGGGACGAGCUCAUGACACUACGCUGACACAAUCAAAAUUACUUAAAAAAAAUGACAAAAAAAAUACAUAUAUGUGUUUGUUGGCAUGCUGACGGAAUUGUAAGCACAUUUGUGUGUCAAUGACAAAAAGGUCUUGCCUACACAAAGUGGCUCAAAGUUCAAUCCACAAAAGCAGGAGAGCAUAAGAAGGAACCCGAAGGUAUUCCUUCGUAAGCUCUGUCUGCAUUCUGCACUGCUAUUGCACUCUCGAGAGAGUAUUUAUAUGCCUCAAUGGACCAGUGCAGGAAACUGGAAUGCUUCGGUAAGACAAGAGAAAUGGACAAAAUCCAUAAAAAUGUAUUUCUGUCUGUUUGAUGGAACCACAAUUGGCCAAUCCCCAAAGAAGCAAAUUUAGAGGUGCGGUCUCAUUAAGCGCUACUCUCCAGAAUUUGUUGCAGAAUUCAGAGUAGAGGCCAUUCCGGGACCACAGUUUCUUAAGUCAAGUCUAAACGACCACACGGCCUUGAGGUGUGCAGUAACAUGCUUGUAAUGUUCCUUACGUGACCACUGUAUGUUAUUUAAUGCAGAGUGUGUGCCUAGGUGACCGUCAUGUCGCCGUCAGGUAGCACCAACAUGUUUACAUAGAUGAAGAACCGCAGAAAACGAAAUAGCAAGUGAAAUGCAGUACUGUCCAUAUCCACUUAGAGCCACUUCAAUGACUGUAUAAAUCGUUGGGAAAUUUCACUCCUGUCUGUUGCAUGCAGAUGAUGUGUGUACGUGAACGUAUUCAGCAUUUCUUCUCAUCUGUUUGUUCCUUGUGUGAGAAAUCGCUUACUGCACCCCCCUUUGUCACUUGGAUCUUGGAAGCCUGCAUUCGAGGUUUUCAUACUGCCAUUUUCCUUUGAGCCUGAAUGUUCGGCUCCAUUUGGAAAGAUCAAAAAUUGUCAAAAACGAACUGUAAGAUAGGUGAAACAAAACAUUGCUUGUCUUUAUUUUUAUAUUUUAUAUAAGCCUUAAUGUACAGCUUAUAAGCUGCUCUAUUGUAAAGUACCUUUAUAUUAUAAAAUGCAUAUAUCUAUAUCUUUGAGUUGACUUGAUUUGAUUCACGACGGUUUUUACCCCAUGUUACUUAACAGUACGUAUCAGUUUUGGAAAGGGCGUUCCGCAACUAAUUGACUUUCUCUUCCGUUUCUUUUUAAGAUUGUGUUCGGAUCAUUUUAUUUGCUAAAGAAAUGUUGCUUGUAACUUUGUACACAUAUUUAUAUUUAAAUAAAAUCAUUUCAAAUAA